AUGGGCACAAAUCAGCCAAUUUUUCGCGAUUUAAACCCCGACGACCCCGAUCCCGAAGCGACAGUGAUCGAUUCUCUCUGCAUGAACUGUCACGCCUCCGGAAUGACGAGACUAUUGCUGACUAAAAUUCCUUUCUACAAGGAAGUUAUACUGAUGUCUUUUUCUUGCGACGAGUGCGGUUUUCAGAACAACGAAAUUCAAUCGGGGUCUCAAAUCGGGGAGAAAGGUGUGCGAUUUACGCUGAAUGUUAAGGAGCCGAGCGAUUUGAAUAGACAGGUUGUUAGAAGUGAUUAUACCAGCGUUAAGAUACUCGAGGUUGACUUUGAGAUACCUGCAAAGAGUCAAAAAGGGGGGUACAUGACUGUGGAAGGUAUUAUUGAUAGGAGUGUGAAUGGUUUAGAGCAAGAUCAGGUUUUGAGGAGAGUACAGCACCCUGAGGCAGCCCAACAAAUUGACGAUUUUGUGGAAAAAUUAAAAGAUUUAAAAAGUCAAAAUUUCACACUGAUUCUUGAAGAUAUCUCCGGGAAUAGCUUCAUACAAAACCCUAACGCUCCACAAGGGGACCCCAAUUGUACCAUGGUGUACUUUAAUCGUACCACACAGCAAGAUCACGAUGUGGGUAUUUUUACCCAACAAGAGUUGACAGGGAAUAAAGAAUCUAGUAUUUUACACCCCAUUGCUGAAGGAGAGUUCUCCUAUGAAGAUUUUCAGGGGGAAGUAUUGCAAUUCCCCACAAAUUGUUCCAAUUGUGGAUCUCCAUGUGAAACCAACAUGAAAAUGACAGACAUUCCCCAUUUUAAACAAGUGGUCAUUAUGGCCACAUGUUGCGAGGUGUGCGGAAUAAGAACAAAUGAAGUAAAAUCUGGGGGAGGAAUCGAACCCAAAGGGGUGGAAAUCGAAAUUGACGUCAGAACAAGGGACGAUUUUUCUCGGGAUGUUUUAAAAUCUGAAACUUGCGACUUGAAAAUCCCGCAGUUGGAGUUGGAAGUGGGGCCCCACGCUUUGGGGGGGCGAUUUACCACGGUGGAGGGGUUAAUAACGGCGAUGAGGGACCAGUUGUGCGACCCCAAACGUUCGCAGAUGUUUGGAGACUCCUCCGAUGAGAAAUCCAAAAAGAAGUUCGAAGAAUUCUUCAAAAAAUUUGAAGAUGUUUUGGAGGGGCGACUUUCUGUUACUUUAAUACUGAAUGAUCCUGCUGGAAACAGCUACGUUCAAAGUAUGAGAGACGAUGAUAAACCUGAUGAAGGCAUGAGAAUAUCCAGAUUUGAAAGAAAUCACGAGCAAAAUGAAGAAUUGGGGUUAAACGACAUGAAAACAGAAAACUACUCUUGA